GCUUCACUCGAGAAAAAAAGUUCUUAGAUAAGAGAAUCCUUUUCUGAAUUCGUUUCUCCGGAGAAGAAGAUGAAGCAACCGGCGACACCGAACGCGGCGGAGGAAACUACAGCAGAACAAAAGCAGAAAUCGAAGAAAUUCCCUACUCCGACGGAACUAAUCUCUCACUACCAGAAACGAGGCCUUGAACCAGCCGAAGCUUCGAUUAAGGUCAUCGAAGACCUCCAAAACGCGCUAGUCCGGGUCGUUUCGUCUUCCAGAAACCAAUCCAGUAAGGAUAAGCUUGUAACCGACGCCAGAAAAAUCGACGCCAUUAACGGAAGGCUCGCAGUCGUCGACGCCAAGCUGGAGACCAAACCUGGAUACGUUGAGACUUUCGUGCUGGGUUUAGCUUCUGGUGCUGCACUUAACGGAGUUAACGCCGUCUGGCCUCACCUCACCAGAGGCAUUGCCCAAAUUUGGUCCGCCGUUAAGAGCGGGACUGAUCCUUCUUCAUCUGCCCCUUGAAAUGUUAGAUAGGGAUUCAUCUUCUCCAGUGAUUUUCGUUUCUUGUUUUUUUUUUCUUUGUUCUUACGGUGUUGUAGUAGCGAAACUGAGUAUCAGCAGCGACUUCAAAUUUUUGUAAUUGUUGGAACUACUACUCUCAUUACGAAAUUAUCCUAAUUAGUUUUGCUUCAUAACAAAGACAA